AUGCGCACUGAGGUGCAGGUUAAAAGCCAGCAGCUGCCGGCUCUCACUGCUGCAUUCUGGGAAGCUGGGGCCUUGGCAUGGCUACCUCCAGCCCUGAAGGCUCGGGGUGAGAGUCUGGCUGAGGUCAAACUAGACUUGCACCCACUGCAGAACAGGUGGGUCCUGUGGUUCUUCAAGAAUGACUGUGGCCGAGCCUGGCAGGAUAAUCUACACCAGGUCACCACCAUUGACACGGUGGAGGAUUUCUGGGGGAUGUACAGUCACAUCCAGUUGGCCAGCAAGCUCUCUCCCGGCUGUGACUAUGCCCUAUUCAAGGAUGGCAUCGAGCCCAUGUGGGAGGACAGCAGGAACAAGCGAGGUGGCCGCUGGCUGGUCAGCCUGGCUAAGCAGCAGCGCCAUAGCGAACUGGACCGUCUGUGGCUGGAGACGUUGCUGUGUCUGAUUGGGGACAGCUUUGAGGAGCACAGCAGAGAGGUGUGUGGGGCCGUCAUCAACAUCCGCCCCAAGGGCGACAAGAUUGCUGUGUGGACGAGUAAUGCUGAGAACCAGGCUGGCGUGUUGCACAUUGGGCAGGUGUACAAAGAGCGCCUGGGCCUUUCCAUGAAGACUAUCAUCGGGUACCAGGCCCACACUGACACAGCCUCCAAGAGCAACUCCCUAGCCAAGAACAAGUUUGUGGUGUGAGGGGCUGUGGUAGGUCCAGGAUUUCACCUGCAGUUGGCCGG